AUGAAGAAGGAGUAUGGCUUUUUUGGAUGUGAAGGUGUGGGCAAGAGCAGUUUGCUGUUGCGUUUUGCAGAUAAUACGUUCUCAGGUAGCUACAUUACCACAAUUGGAGUGGAUUUUAAAAUCCGGACAGUUGAGAUUAAUGGAGAGAAAGUGAAGCUACAGAUUUGGGACACAGCUGGACAGGAGCGCUUCCGAACUAUCACAUCAACGUAUUACAGAGGAACACAUGGGGUCAUUGUUGUCUACGAUGUAACCAGUGCAGAAUCUUUUGUGAAUGUAAAACGGUGGUUGCAUGAAAUCAAUCAAAAUUGCGAUGAUGUCUGCAGGAUACUAGUGGGGAAUAAGAAUGAUGACCCAGAGCGAAAAGUGGUAGAGACAGAAGAUGCUUAUAAAUUUGCUGGGCAGAUGGAGAUCCAAUUGUUUGAGACCAGCGCCAAAGAAAAUAUUAAUGUGGAAGAGAUGUUUAAUUGCAUUACAGAGCUAGUUCUGCGAGCAAAGAAAGAAAACUUAGCAAAGCAGCAACAGCAACAACAGAACGAUGUGGUGAAGCUAACGAAGAACAGUAAACGGAAGAAGCGGUGCUGCUAAUGCCCUUUCCCUGCUGCAGAGACUCUGCUCUCAGACAGAUCAGCCCCUCCAGCUAGACUCGGGCAAUUCCACUGGGGCAGGCUUUGGGAGGACUUUCUCAGUUUUGUGCCGUUAUUUAAAGAUUUUUUUUUUCCUCCAUGUUUUCUAUCAAGAGGCGCUGGCACCCUACCACUUCAGUGCCAAGAAGGUAUCGGAUGGAAUCUUGCCCCCGUCUCCUCCCCUGCUCAUUCCAGUGCGCCUUGUAGACAAGAAAGGACGUUGCCUACCAAGUGGACUAAUUAACCUAAGAGUUUGUACAUAAUGUAUAUUGCUUUAACCAGCCUCGCCUCCCUGUUGUUGCUUUGGCUUAUGCCUUCUUAAUGUCAACCAAUCAUGGACUGCAGAAUUCAUCUUUUUAAAGAAAUAGUACAAAGUUCUUAACUCAAGUUGGCCCCAGGCUGGCAGCAACUGCUUCCUGGAGCCUUGGGGCUUCGUUUCUUUUGGGCUCCAGGCUGGCAACUGGUGCCCCUGGGGCCUGUGGCUUCACUUUGAGUUCCAGGCUUUUACUGGGGCUCAGGCUUUGUUUUUCUCGGUACCAGGAUUGCAGGUGUUGCUGCUGGAGCCUGGGGUUUCACUUCACCAGCCUCUGGGCUGGCAGCUGGUGCUGCUGCUGGGGCCUUGAAUUUCAGUUUGCCAUGAUCCAGGUUUGUGGUUGGGUCCUUGGAUUUCACCUUCUUGUGCUGCAGCCCAGCUGAACCUGUGCUCUCCUUUGGUUUGUAUCAAGGUAUUGAAAAACUUACCAACCUGCAGAAGUGGGAUUUAUUUGGAUUAAUCUUUUUUUUUAAAAAAAAAAAAAAGCAAAAACAAAAUUAAACUACUUGGACCUUUGUCUCUGGUCCUGCCAGGGUCCUAAGUGAGAGUCCAUUUCUCUUGAGAACAAGAAAAACAUGUGAUUCUGCCAAAAAAAAAAAAAAAAAACCCAACACUCUUUUCCUCAUUGCCCUGUCCACGAUUAGGAGAUCUGAACUUGAAUGUGAAUUUUGGUGGCAAAACUUUCUUUUUGCAAGAGAGAAGGCAUGAGAAUGAAUUUAGCUGUUCUGGAUUGAUGUCUUGAUGUGAAAGCUGCUGCAGGAUCACUCCCAGGAUUCUUCUGUUAGAAAGGAGGACUGCUGUUUAAUGUAAAGAAAUGGAAAGCUUGCUUGCUUGGGUUAUGUGGUGAUGAAGGAUCACCUAUGGACACAAACUCUGGUCUUGUUAUGCUCAGUAGUGUUUUCCUGGCCCUUGUUGGCCUUUCUGGGAAAACAAGGGCUCAGUUCAUCAGCCUGAAUAGGUAUGGUUCAAGGUGGAGAGUUUAUGUAUGUGUAACUAAAAUAUCAAAUGUCUGGGCUGAAAAGUACAUGCUCAGCACCUGAAUAAUUGCCUAAAAAAAAAAAAAUCCUUAAAACGACUAAAAGGCAUGGAGGGUAUGGCUUCUUUUAAGACCUCAGACGGACAUAUUUAGUUUCAGUAUGUAGUCCUAUGGAACUGAUGGCCUUAGUUUGGUAGGAUGUUUCACUGAUGUCCAUGAGCUUUGAAUCAGUCCACUUCCUCCCUGAGGAGAGGCUAAAUUUUAGUCACUUAUUUUGCCUGUGUGGUGUUUUUUUUUGUUUGUUUAAAGAUUCUUAUGGGUUGUGGUAAAAGCCCUAAGCAAACAAUCGCAUCACAAUCAAUCACUUUAAAGACUUAAAAAAAAAAAAAAAAGAAAAAAAAAAAAAGCAAGCAAUGAAUGUGUAACACACUUUUAAUCGGUUCAGGUGCUGGGAGUAUGUAUCCAGCUGCCUUCACCCAUUUCUUUUCUUCACAUAUCUUUUAUUGGUAACCCAAGAAUAAGAAUGAGCUGGGAUGAUAUUGCUAGUGUGAGCUCUAUUAAUGGCAAGAUUUGAGCCACCUCUUUCCAUAGCAGCUCUCAGGUCCCACCAGGCAUCCAUCCUGUAUGCUUUCUGAUGUUAAAUGUGGUGCGCACACAAAGAAGGAGCGCUAUCAUUUCCUGCUGAAAUGAAGCUGUCCUGUGACAGUUACCACUUUCAGAGUCAAGGGCCCAACGGCAUUACUUUUGGGCUCUUGUGGUAGCAUGCGUGCAGACCUAGGAAGGAGUAACUUCAUACAGGUGGCAGUAAAGGAAAAUGUCUGAAUUUACUGGAAUGGAUGCAAUAAAAUGAGGAAAUGGUGCA